UAUAUGAAGCAGCGUGUGGGGACUGAAGGCAGAGUCUCACUGGCCUCAGAGAAAGUGAAAGAGACACAGACGCACAGAGGCUUGGUGGUUUUAUAGAAGAGAGGCCAAGUUGCAGCACAGUGACCGAGAGAGGAAGUGUGAUUAUCAGCGCGGAAAAUGACUCAGUGAAUUAUUUGUUGUUAUGUUUAAAGAGAGCUGUUGUUCAACAUGAACGGUGACAGCAACAAACAGCGCUAUGUGUCAACCUUCAGGAUGCACAUGAAGCCACCCAGCGAUCCAUCUGCACAAAAGAAUGGGUUUGGAGUGAUCGACAGCAGGACCCCAGUCAAAGGUUCAGACGCAGGGCCUCUUCUGAAAACUGUUGAUCUGCCUGUCUUCAUAGAGCCCCUGGAGGACUGCUGCGUGGACGAAGGCAGCGAGAUCGCCCUACGAGGGGUUCUCACCGGGAGCCAGCCCAUCAAAGUCACGUGGCUGCACAAUGGUGAAGUGGCACGCUUCGGGAAUCCAUCCUUCAAUGGCAGGGAGGUGAGUUUUGUGGUGAGGGAGUGCUUACCAGAAGAUGCCGGGGCCUACACGUGCCUGGCUGAAAACGGCGCUGGGAAGACAUCCUGCAGCGCUGCUGUGUUUGUCAAAGACUAUGAAAGUAUUGGUGGUGCUUCGAAGUUUUCCACAUCUGCACCUCAGACCACUAUGCAGAAUGGAAGAUCGCCACAAACUCCCAAAGACGAGCCGCUGACGCCCAGAGGAUCUGUUUUUUCCUCGCCUACAAACUCUGCAACGCAAAGCCCAUUUUCAUCUCCAAGAGAAGUCAUCCCCAAGAAGAGGGCCAACUCAGGAACAGGCCCGGUUUUACGUUUCGAAAAUCCCCCACAGCACCUGGAGGUGAAAGUGGGACAAACUGCCCGGCUGACGUGUGCGUUUGUGGGAAACCCUCCUGUGGUGUCCCGCUGGAUCAGAAACAAAGAGCAGGUGGGGGACGGCCCAGAACUGUGGACAGAAAGCACAGAUCAGAGCAGCACGCUGGUCAUCGCCGAGGCCGGACCACGGCACGCUGGCCGCUACACCGUCGUACUGAGAGACCGCAAAACCUCAGCGCAACACACUCUAACUCUUUCUGUCAUAGAGAGUCCGGAGCCUCCCGCGUCGUGUCCUGUCGUCUCCAUCCUAUCUCCGUCCAGCCUUGUGCUGUCCUGGUCGGGCCCCUGCUACGACGGCGGCAGUGCCAUCCUGGGUUACGUGGUGGAGGUGAAGAGCCAAGGACACGCCGGGCCUGAGGACUGGACCCAGCUCACAGGCCAGUGUAAAAGCACCUCAUACAGAGUGAGUUCAGGGCUGCAGCCUCAGCACCAGUACUGUUUCAGAGUAAGGGCCUAUAACGCCGUGGGAGUGAGCGAGCCGGGCCCAGUUUCACCAGUGGUUAAGAUGGAGCAGAAAGAUCCUGACAAGAAGCAAGAGGAAGCCUCUCACGAGUACACCUGCGUCACCAUUGACUCCUCCCACAAAGUCACGGAUCAUUACAAUAUGCAGGAGAAGCUGGGGAUGGGGAAAUUCGGUAUGGUGUACAAGCUGACCCACAAAGAGACGGGACGCGUGUGUGCCGGCAAGUUCUACAAAGGGCGUCGCACCAAAGAGCGGGAGGACGCUCGUAAAGAGAUCGAGCUGAUGAACUACCUCCAUCACCCCAAGCUGGUGCAGUGUCUGGCAGCGUAUGAUCACAAGCCUGAGAUGGUCAUGGUGAUGGAGUUAAUUGCAGGUGGGGAGCUGUUUGAACGGAUCGUUGACGACAACUUUGAGUACUCGGAGUCUGCCAGCGUGCGCUACAUGCAGCAGAUUCUGGAGGGGAUGGCCUUCAUGCACGAUCAGAACAUCAUCCACCUGGACCUGAAACCUGAGAACAUCGUUUGCGUGGACACCACUGGCACCUCCGUAAAGAUCAUCGACUUUGGAUUAGCCAGCAAGCUCGAUGACCGCACACCUCUGAAGGUGAUGCACGGCACCCCGGAGUUUGUGGCCCCUGAAGUCAUCAACUAUGAGCCGGUGUGUUUGGCCACUGACAUGUGGAGCAUCGGCGUCAUCUCCUACAUCUUGUUGAGUGGCGAGUCUCCAUUCCAGGGAACCAGUGACGCAGAGACCCUGGCCUUGGUCACGGCAGCUCAGUGGGAGUUCGAUGAAGAGAGCUUUGAAGAGAUAACUGAUGAGGCCAAAAAUUUCAUCAGCUCACUGCUCAGCAAGGACUCCAGGCGGAGGAUGUCCUGUGGAGAAGCCCUCGCCCAUCCCUGGAUGGCAGCAUUUGAAUCUGGAGACAUCAGCGCCACGAAGAGUCUGUCAAAGGAGAAAAUGAAGAGGUUUCUUGCCAGGCAAAAGUGGAAGAAAGCCGGCAAAGCCAUGCUAGCCCUAAAGAGAAUGGCCCUGCUGUCUAAAAGCGACUCAUCCGCUUCCCCCACAAGCCCCAGAGAAGAUUCCUCCCUGAGCCCAGAAGCGGAGCAUGCCCUGCAGUCUCUGGAGCAGGAGAUGCAAGGACCCCCCCAGUUCACCAAGAGCUUGCAGGAGCAGACUGUAACUCAGGGAUCCUGUGCUCGUCUCUCAUGUCACCUCACAGGAUAUCCAGAUCCAGAGGUGGUGUGGUUGUGUGGCGACGAACCUUUGGAGGAGUCUUCCACCGUGCAGAUAGAGUACGAGGAAGAUGGACGCUGCACCUUGGUUCUGUCGAAAGUCGGCCCAGGAGACACCAACGUUUACACCUGCAGAGCCACAAACGACCACGGGGAAGCGUUCUGCUCCGCCAAACUAACUGUGCAAUAACACAUCAUGAAAGAAUAGAUAAAAUGUAUAAAUAUUUUUCUGAGUGCCUUGAUUAUGUACAUUGUUACAGAGCAGAAUAUGUAGAGAGUCAUAGUUUCUAUUUUAAGACACAGUUGGAUACUGACUACUUCAGUUGAAACUGACGCAUGUUGUUUGGCUGCAGCUUACAAUAAGUCCACACGUUCAUCUGUAAAGGCAAAUAAGCUUGAAAAUAUACAUGUUUCUUUACAAAUAAAUAUAUAAAAAAACAUAAUUUAAAAAAGUGCUUGCCGAUGAGUCAUGGUGUGGCUUCUAACUCGUGUUCAGGGGAGGGAAAUAAGGCUUUGAG